AUGGCCCGAGUAAAAUUCUUAUCAUCUGGACUAAAAGUCCUGAAGAAGAUGAGUCUGUCCUUUAUUGAUCCUGAAUUAGACCGAAAGUUAAACGAUAUUGACGAAUUUAUCAUGGAGCAGAGUGGAAACGAUGUUGCAGUUGAGUAUAACAACACCAACCGAAUUUUGACCGCACAAAUCAGAGAAGCAUCAUUAGGUAGGUCAACAGCUCUGUUUCUGUUAGCCACUGCAAAGAUAAGUUUAUGAACUAUAAGCAAACUUGCACCGCCUUUUUGGGUUUAGUAUCUCCCUAAAUUACCAUUUUGAAAACGGAGGAAAAUUUAUUUGGCCUUAGAACGAUGUAAACUAAAAGUAAUCAAAUAUAUGACUGAAACUAGCUCCACUACAACUCCACAAUGCAGAAAACGAGACAAGGUGAAGCAAAUAUUUUAAAUCCCAAAACAAAAGGAACCAAAUGAAAUUUCCCGUGAUGGCCCAUUAUUUACUGACGGGUUUGGGACGUUCCAUAAUACAAAGGGAAUUGUAAGUGGUGGUUUCUUUGCCCAAGCCAAGUCUGUCCGUGCUCUAGUACCAACGAAGAAAUUCCUUCUUAAUCCGAAAGUAAUGCUCUUGCUUUUAUUUAAGAGGUUUUAACAGUUCCUGUUGAACAUGUCUGCUCGACCCUUUUCCAGGGUAGCUGA